UUGAGUGCUCUGCUUUCUAGCGCUUCGCCACAUUUUUGCUGUAAGAUCUGUGCGGGUCGUAGUGGAGACAAAAAUCAUAAUGCAAAAAGAAACUGGAGAAAAGUCCGCUGACAUGACCGGUGAAGAGGUCCAUACUGUCUUUCCGAGGCUUAACAAAAAACAAGCUGCGGGCGCAAACAGUGGGGGUGAUGAAACAACCGAUGACCUUCUUGCUUCAAAGAUAUUGGUGGUAGUGAAUCCAGAUGUGCACCCAGAAGAGGCAGAUGAGGAAGCACGAGAUGUUCCGGAAAUUCUCCCGACGCAAGGCUCAUGGUCAGAUGAUGACAAUGCUCAGAGCGAAGCGAGCGUGGGCAACCAUGACAGAGUCAAACGCAUCUGCUGCGGAAAAUACUGCAGAAUGCCUACCCUCAGCAAUAAAAUUCGAAGCACGCACGGCGCUUCAGAGCGAGUGCACCAGGACGUCCAACUACUCCAUCUACUUUGACUUCCGGUGCAGGUCGCCCGGCCAAUUCUGUGCCUACCACGGCUUCGCCAACUCCAACGGCACGCACUGCUUUAACAAGCCGCAGCGGCCUACGCCCGCUCCACGCUGGCUCAUGGACCAGCAGGGGACCUACCAGACCAACGUCACCGACGACUGGCCCGUUGCUGGUCAGGCGACGCCCGUCGGUCACGUCGGCCGCCGUCUGAUCUCGCAGCGUGAUUUCUUCUACUACUUCGUGCGCGACAGACCGAGCAACCACACUCGCGCGGGCCUCAAGGAGCACCGGCGCGCCGUCUUCACGCGCAGCUACCUGCUCGCUUGGCUGCUCGCGUUGCUGCCCUGCUUCAGCGUCUGGCUCUCCUCGUGGGUCGCGGUGCUGCUGGUGCUGCUCAGCCCGGUCGUGGUCCUGCUCCUUCUGUGCCGUGUGUUGAUCUUCCCCGGCUCCUGGGCCGGCAUCGCCAACUUCUUCUACGGGCGCGCGCACCUCGCCACCCUCAUCGACCUCAACUGCUGGGUCGAUGCCAUCAGCAUGACGUACUGGAGCGUCAACAUAGGCGGGGGCCUGAACCCCGCGCUGAGCUCGCGCAACCGGCUGCGCCACAACGCACUGCUCAGCUCCGUCAUCGUCGUGUUCUCUGAUUUGGCGUUCGGCGUCCUCAACAGCAUGGUGCUGUUCUCUGUGCGCGGCACUCUCGAGGUCCGCUCCGCGUUCAUGUACGGGGAGCUGCUGGAGCUGGACGACGACCCGCAGGCGCUUACGUUCGUCGCCUUCACCACCGUCGUCGAGAUGAUGCCACACCAGCGCUUCUGGGGCGUCAUUUACUUCGGCACGAUGCUGGGGCAGACGGUGGGCUCGGUCGCCAUGGUCGUCAUCGCCCUGGGCCUGAGCCUGGUGGACGCGGUGCCGUUCUUCGGGCACUUGGCGUUCCCGCUGGCGGCGCUGACGGCCUACUCGCCAGCGCUGCUCCUCGGCGCGGUUGUCGGCCUCGGCACCUGGUUUGGCUCCGAAUGGUCCUGCUUCUCGCUCUUCCAGCUGCAGUGGAUCGUAUGCAACAUGCUGAUCGCCAUGGUGCUCGGUCAGAAGCUCUCGAAGCCGGCAUUCCUGACCGAGACCAGGGAGCUCCUGCAUCAGCCGCUCGGCCGCAACCUCGGACGCUUCUUCGUCGUCAGCUGGCUCGUCAUCACGCCCUUCAUCACCGUCUUCCAGAUGCUGUACAUGAUAACGCACUUCCAGCUGCCGCCCGUGCGCCCCGGCUCGCACUGGUUGAUGGCGCUGAGCUGGGUGGCGGUCUCAACGCCGCCUCUGGUGACACUCGUGACCACGGUGGUGGUGUGCCGCAGCACCAACACCUGGGCGCUGUUCGCCACCACCGACCAGUUCCGGCCGGAUCCGCAAGCGCUAGUCGAGCUUCAGAGUGCCGCCACGAUCGGCCUGGAGACGUACGUGGACCAGACGUCCAGCGGCAAGGUCAGAGGUCCGAGGUCAGAGUCAGCAGCUUCCCUCUCCCAGCAUGAGGGUCCUCGCUCUGAGCGGCGAGGAUCCUCGCUCUGAACGACGGAGGACCUGUGCUCUGAACAGCGGGGGGUCCUAACUAUUAACGGCAGAGGGUGCUCGCUCUGAACGGUGGAGGGUAUUCGCUCCGAACGGCAGUGGGUCCUCGCUCUGAACGGCGGGGGGGGGGCAUAGCUCUGAACGGCGGAGGACCAGUGCUCUGAACAGCGGAGGGUCCUAGCUCUGAACGGCGGAGGGUGCUCGCUCUGAAUGACGGGGGUACUCGCUCUGAAAGGCGGAGGUCCUGUGCUCUGAACAGCGGAGGGUCCUAGCUCUUAACGGCAGAGGGUGCUCGCUCUGAACGCCGGGGGGUCAUAACUCUGAACGGCGGAGGACCU